AAAGUUUCUGUGGGAUCUGGGAAUGUCUCCUCUCUGCUUUAUGUGAUCAGUGAUUCAGUAUGCAUCCACUGGACAGGGACCAUUUAACCGGUACCAGCAGCUGUUUCUAAAUUUCCUGUCAACGGCUGACCUUCGUCAUUCAGCCCACAGCUUCUGAACUAUCGUCUGUACUAGUCAGAACCAACCUGAUUCUGGCCCAACUUCACUACCCCUGCAGCAAGGAAAAGCGAGCAAGAUCUUAUUUCUCAGCUAUUUCUUUCAGGACAUGCUACCUAUUUUUAUUUGGAUGCAAUUUGCAAACAUAUAAGUAAGGUUUAAGAAUUUGGACCCUCUGAAACCAGUAAGGAAAUGCUCCAGGAGAAAAGCUUGUCUGAGGGUGAGGACGGGUUUACAACAGCCCAAACAGCUGGACAUGUAGAGGCUGCCGCAGGAUCACCAGCAAUGGGAGUAGCAGGGUUGAGUAACUCUCUAAGCAGUCCGCAGAGCCAAGAUCCAGAACAGACAAUUGAAAAUAUCAAAGUAUAUCUUCAUGAGAAGGAGCUCUGGAAAAAGUUUCACGAAGCAGGCACUGAAAUGAUUAUAACCAAAGCUGGCAGGAGAAUGUUCCCAAGUUACAAAGUUAAAGUCACAGGGAUGAACCCCAAGACUAAGUAUAUUCUUCUCAUCGAUAUUGUUCCAGCUGAUGAUCAUCGGUACAAAUUCUGUGAUAACAAAUGGAUGGUGGCUGGUAAAGCAGAGCCUGCAAUGCCUGGACGGUUAUACGUUCACCCAGACUCCCCAGCUACUGGAGCUCACUGGAUGAGACAACUGGUAUCAUUUCAAAAACUGAAGCUGACCAACAACCAUCUUGAUCCCUUUGGACAUAUCAUUUUAAAUUCAAUGCACAAAUACCAGCCAAGGCUGCACAUAGUGAAAGCGGACGAAAACAAUGCAUUUGGUUCCAAGAAUACAGCUUUCUGUACACAUGUAUUUUCAGAGACAGCGUUUAUAUCUGUGACCUCUUAUCAGAAUCACAAGAUCACACAGUUAAAAAUUGAAAAUAAUCCCUUUGCGAAAGGCUUCAGAGGAAGUGACGAUAGUGACCUCCGUGUGGCUCGUCUACAAAGCAAAGAAUAUCCUGUGAUUUCAAAGAGCAUCAUGAGGCAACGAUUGAUAUCCAGUCACCCAGGGCAGUUGUCAAGUAAAUCAGAUCUUAACGCACUUCACAGUGGCCACCAAGGUCUGCAGCAUUAUCAGUAUGAGAACGGGGCACACAUGCAAUUUACUGCAUCCGAUGCUCAGGAUCUGCCUCUCAACUCCUUCGCAGCACAGAGGGACUCUGGGCUGUUCUAUCACUGUUUAAAAAGAAGAGAGGGUGCACGCCACCUUGACCUUCCUUGCAAGAGAUCUUACCUAGAUCCCUCUUCUUCUAUGGCAGAUGAUCACUACUUUCGAUCCCCUCCACCAUAUGACCAACAGAUGUUGAGCCCACCUUAUCGCAAUGAAGUGGCACCAAGAGAAGCCUGCAUGUAUUCUACUUCAGGAGCAGAAAUAGCUGGAGUGUCAGGCGUUGAUGAUUUACCUCCUCCACCUCCACCAUUAAGCUGUAACAUGUGGACAUCUGUUGCACCUUACACAAGCUAUAGUGUCCAAACAAUGGAAACUGUCCCAUAUCAGCCUUUUCCAACUCACUUUACCACCACCACCAUGAUGCCUCGCCUUCCAACAAUUGCCGGCCAAGGAUCUCAGCCGCCAAGUGAUUCCCAUUUCAGUGUCUACAACCAGCUUUCACAGUCUCAGGCACGGGAUAGAGUUCCCAGCUCUUCUUUUCCUAGAGAGAGAGUCCACCCAUCUUUGUGUGAAAGAAAGCCUCCAUCCCCUCAUAUAAACACCGCCAAUGAGUUUUUAUAUUCACAAAGCUUUUCCUUAUCUAGAGAAUCUUCUCUACAGUACCAUUCGGGCAUGGGGACUGUGGAGAACUGGACAGAUGGAUGACUGCAGCUGCAACAGACACCAUAUUCAUGUUCUAUCAACCCAAACAAUCUGAUCUCUCUUUGUUAAUACCUGUGGGUAUCUUGUAAUUCAGUAAAGUCUUCAUCAUUAAUCCAAGUGAGGGUGUAUCAUUGCUCUACACAGGGUAAUAUUCACCCACACAACUUGUUUCUUCUACGUAUGAAACAUUGAGUUAACCAAGACAGCUACUAUAGCAGAAACUACAUCAAACUAAUAAAAUCACUAAGACUUUGCAUGCUGAAUAGCUAUUUAUAUGAGUAUGUGUGUAUGUAUGUUUAUGUAUGUGUAAAUAUUUAGAUAUAUUAAUACAUACACACAUACUGUACAUACAAUACACAAUUACAGGCCACAACAAAGCUUUGCUUUUCCAGAUGAGAUGCUAAACAAAAUUGUGAAUGUUACCAGGGUUCUUGUAUACAUCUAUUUAAGAUUUUUUAUUGAUGUAAGAAAAGACUAAGCAAUGUUUGCGGGAGAAAAUAGCAUUUAUAUAUAUAAGAGGACAUUUUAUUAGAAAUCUGGCUUCAUUCAAACAACUUGGAACUUGUUUUUCUUAUUUUUGUUACAUAGCAUGGACAUUAUACUUACAAAUGAGAAGAUUAAAGUAUAGAAGCACACUUUCUAGCCAUUUGGUGCCUUGGAUACCUUUUCAGUAACCUUUAUCAAUAUGUGGAUUAUAAAAAACUGAAGAUGAUGCCAAGUGCAGGUAUCAUCAUCAUUAUCAUCGUCAUCAUAUUCUUUAAACCCAUGAAUCCUUCCAGAUUGUUUUUUCCCCUGUUGUAUUUUGUCAGCUGGAAUGGUGAGAAUCAUUAAACCCAUGUGAUUUUUUUUUCCUUGACUAAUAAUUGGUUUAUUUAUUUACACAUUACAGACUGAAUUUGUGCAAUUUUAC